GAUAACUCUGUUGUACUUCCGGUUUGAAAAGGGUUUUGACAACCGAGUGAACCCGUCAACAAUGCAACAAAUGUGUAAAUAAGAAUAUCUUACAGUAUUGAUGAUGGAAGGACAAAAAGACCAAGAGGUCCUGGUGGAAAGUUUUAAACAAAAUGGCUACAUAUUGAAAUCUGACAUACUCACGAAGGAAGAAACUGAGUGCUAUUUGAAGGGUUUUCUGGACUACGAGAACCGCUUGGGAGGAAAAGUUACCGGCACCUACAGAUUUAAAGCCCAUCUUUUGUUGCCGUGGUUACACGACCUUGUAACCCAUCCCAAGGUUGUGGAUCUUGUUUGUCAGCUCCUUGGUCCUGAUGUUGUGUGCUGGUCAACAGAUCUUUUUCCCAAGGAUCCUGGAUCUGGGAAGUCCUGUGGGUGGCACCAGGACUCCACAUACAUAGGUAUGGACCCUCCUGAUGCCCUGACAGUGUGGGUCGCCUUAACAGAUUCCAACAUAGAUAACGGCUGUGUGGAAUUCUCCUCAAAAAGUCAUCUAAAAGGCCAGCUUGACCACACAAAUACGAUGUCAGACAAAUCCAUGCUGCUGUAUGGCCAAGAAAUUCCUGUGGAAGUAGAGAAAUCUACCAUUGUUUCUGCGGAAUUGACUGCUGGUCAAGCAUCUGUCCAUCAUGUGAUGACCGUUCACUCCUCGGGACCUAACAAUAGUAACGUACGCCGAAUAGGUGUCGCCCUACGAUACUGUGGUGCGUAUGUGAAGCAGAAGUUGGAUAUCGGAGACUCUGUCACCUAUGUGUGCGGACAGGACCAUGGACAUUUUUCCUUUGAGCCUCAGCCAUCUAAGAUUUUCGGUGAAGAGGAGAUCAUUGCCCAUCGGAAAGCCUGUGGCCCUGUCGGACCCAAGGACUUGAUAGCUGUCAAAUAACACAACACAUAGGUCAAGGUCACAUUGUUAAAUAGAUUCUAUUAUAAGAAUCUAUUUUGCAUACCAAAUGAAAUUGUCAUAAAGGAUCUUGUAAAAGGCCAAGAUAGUUCAAGGUUGCAAUUAAUUGGAUCUCUCUUGCAUACACAAGAAAGUUUUUAAUACAGGUCAAGAUCAGUGUUAUAAAAUAUUCUAUCGUAAGAUUUCUUUUGCUUAUCAGAUAAUGAAUGUAUGAACUGAAAUUUACUUGCUCAGCAAAAAAAUAAAAAUGUUUUCGUUAGAAACACUUUUAUCGACAUCUCUUAAAUAUCAGAUGGAUUCAUUAAUGACCUUCUUGAUUUUAACCUUUGACCUUAAUAUAAAUGAGUGUUAGAUUCAUCUGAAUAAAACACAUGUAUGUUAAUGUUUCAUUUUAAUUGAGGUCACAAUUAAUAUAUUGUUUAUGUUGAAAAUACAGCCAUUUGUGCCUGUUGAUGGGAUGUUCACUCCACUUAGAUAUAAAAAAUGAAAAAAUAGAUCAACAUGGUUUGGUUUAAUAUUUAAUAUCCUAUUAUAAGCUAAGGUCA